AAUGCCAAACGACAUGCCGUCUUGCCGUUUGGCAUUACAUUUCAAAAGCCCGCAAUUCAUGGUCGACUCGCCAGUUCCGCAGAUCGGAAAAUUAUAGCGCCGUCGAAAACCACCGUGUACGGCGGAAUACCUUUCAUUUGUAUCUUCUUUCUCGGAAGUUCCGCCUCCUUCGAAGGAGUCUCUCUCCAUUUCUGACCCUGCGAGCGCUGAGCGCAUCACCGAAAUCGAAGAAACCCUGGAUUUCCCAAUGGAAGAGUUGGAGCAAUGGAAGGAGCAGGUUUGUCACUUGUGGCGUCUGGUUAUGGAUUAUCUUCGCGAGGUUCCCCCCAAUCAGGUCUACGCUACUGCUGCUAUCGCGGUUUUCACGACCCUGCUUCUUCUCUCAGUACGGUUUUUGAGGCGUGCAAAGUCUAAUACGGUUGUGUUGAUGGGGCUUAGUGGGAGUGGGAAAACUGUUCUAUUCUAUCAGCUUAGGGAUGGCUCUAAUGAUCAGGGUACUGUUACAUCAAUGGAACCUAAUGAAGGCACUUUUAUUCUUCAUGGUGAAACAACAAAGAAUGGCAAGAUAAAGCCUGUUCAUAUUGUUGAUGUUCCUGGGCAUUCUCGUCUUCGACCCAAACUGGAUGAUUACUUGUCUCAAGCUGCUGGCAUAGUUUUUGUGGUGGAUGCUUUGGACUUCUUACCAAACUGUCGUGCUGUUUCAGAGUACCUAUAUGAUCUAUUGACUAAGGGAAGUAUUGUGAGCAAGAAGAUUCCACUGCUUAUUCUCUGCAACAAAACAGACAAAGUCACUGCUCAUACCAAAGAGUUUAUCCACAAACAGAUGGAGAAGGAAAUCGACAAAUUACGGGCAUCAAGAAGUGCAAUAUCAGCUGCUGACAUUGCAAAUGAGUUCACCCUGGGGGUACCUGGUGAGCCAUUUUCUUUUACCCAGUGCUCUAACAAAGUAACAACUGCAGAUGCUUCUGGCUUAACUGGGGAGAUAUCUCAGCUGGAAGAGUUUAUCAGAGACUAUGUGAAGCCAUAGCUGUGGAUAUUUUGUUUAAACUAACAGAUUUUUGUUAUGGACGGGGUUGUUCCUCUUGGUUGUUUCUACUUACUUCUUAUAACUCAGCACUUGCUGGAUGAGAAGAGGCUUAAAGAACGGGGGGUGGGGGGGUCACAGAAUCAAGAAAAAUUAAUAUGGGUGUUUCAGCUUCGACAUAUCAUUUGCCCAAUGAUGCAGUCAUCUUGAUGCUGCUCAUCAUGUAAUGAUUGGUGCCUAAUAAUACCCCGCUGACUGGUGCUCUAAGUCCUCUAACUAGGAGAACUUCAAGCUGUAGAAUUCAGGGUUUAGGGUUUCGAAUUUGAACUUCGAGCUGUACUUGGAAUUUGAAUAUUUGUCAUCUGACUCAUUGAAUAAU